GCUUCAAAAGAAUCGUGGUUUAACAGAUAAAAAUCUAGAGUUAUGGCUUCAAUCUCAUGCACUGUAACUCACCUGCCCUUUACUUCAAAACCUUUGAAUUCUCAAUCUUCUUUCCCAAAAUUCAGUUCCCGGUUUCUGGGUACCAAAAACAAUCUCAAAUGGUUUAGACCCCACAAAAUGGGACCCUCCAAUGGGUCCAGAGCUCAGUGCUGGUUUAAGUUUGGCAAGAAUGGUGUUGAUGCUGAAGGUGCUGGCGUUUAUGGAAGCCAGUCACGUGAUGACUUUGAUAGAGAUGAUGUUGAGCAGUACUUCAACUACAUGGGGAUGCUUGCAGUUGAGGGUACAUAUGAUAAGAUGGAGGCUCUCUUAAGCCAAAACAUCCACCCGGUUGACAUCUUAUUGAUGCUGGCUGCCUCAGAGGGCGACAAGCCGAAAAUUGAAGAGCUAAUGAGAGCUGGAGCUAACUACACUGUCAAGGAUGCAGAUGGACGGACUGCACUUGAUAGAGCCGCCGGCGAUGAAAUCAAAGACUUCAUCCUGGGUUUUUCAACUCAGAAGGCAUGAUCUUAUUUAUUCUUAUCACUGUUGUUUCAAUUUUGAUUUUUAGAUAUCUUGUGAUUCAUAAUGUAGUAGUAUGCGAGUUUGACUUUGUAACAUUAUUGGUAAUUCAAUUA